CGCAUGCGCGCAGCGUGACAUGGAAAAAUAAUCUUGAACAGCUGUAGCUACCAUUCUUAUUAUGCCUCAGUGGUAGCUACCAAAAAAUACAACUGUCUGCGGCUGUACUGUAGCCAUCUGGAGGUUCUGUACAGGGAGUCGGAGGAAGCGAAAUAGCUAGCUCGUGCCGCUAACUGUCACAAUGUCCCUGCAAAGGUGUCAAACUGAUUGGGAAGAAAUUGACCAAGAGUAUCAACAAUUACAGGAAACUCACAAAGUGUACAGGCAGAAGCUCGAUGAGCUCACCAACCUCCAGGCAACAUGCAGCAGUGCCAUUAGUAAACAGCGGAAGGGUCUAAAAGAUCUCGGGCACAGUCUGUGCAAGUGCACAAAAACAAGUGAUGAGAAAGAAACGGAACUGAUCAAAGACAUCCAAAUGCAAAUUAAAGACAAAGAGAACUUCUUCUUUGAUAUGGAAGCCUAUUUGCCAAAGAAGAAUGGAUUGUACUUAAAUUUGGUGCUUGGCAAUGUGAAUGUAACACUUCUCAGCAACCAGGCAAAAUUUGCCUAUAAAGAUGAAUAUGAGAAGUUCAAGCUUUUUAUGACAAUAAUCUUGAUGUUUGGGGCCAUAACCUGUCUCUUUUUGCUCAAUUACCGUGUCACAGAUGAAAUCUUCAACUUCUUGCUGGUUUGGUACUACUGCACUUUGACCAUAAGGGAAAGCAUCCUCAUGAGCAAUGGGUCCCGGAUCAAAGGGUGGUGGGUUUCCCAUCAUUAUGUCUCUACCUUCCUAUCAGGUGUAAAGCUUACCUGGCCAGAGGGGUCCAUGUAUCAGAUGUUUAGAAGUCAAUUCCUUGCAUUCUCCAUUUACCAGAGCUUUGUGCAUUUUCUUCAAUAUUACUACCAAAGUGGCUGCUUAUACCGGUUACGAGCUUUGGGGGAGAGAAAUCAGUUGGACCUCACAGUGGAGGGGUUUCAGUCAUGGAUAUGGAGAGGGCUCACCUUCCUCUUGCCAUUUCUCUUUUUCGGCCAUGUAAGUCAAACACCAGACCACCACGCAGCUCCUCAAUAUGGGUUCAGUUCAGAGUUCUGGCAGCUGUACAAUGCUAUGACUCUGUUUCGGUUGGCAGGACAUGAAGACUGUAAAGAGUGGCAGGUAUUUAUGUUGGCACUGACAUUUCUUGUCCUAUUCCUGGGGAAUUUUCUCACCACAUUAAAAGUUGUUCAUCAAAAGAUCCAGGAAAAUCCAGAAAAGGUGCAAAAGCAGGAGUGAGAGAGUCUGACUACAGCUCAGAACUCCAAGUGGCCAGUAACCAAUAAGCAAAAGGGCACUUUGACACGCACAGCCGAUGGAAAGAUGGACGGCAGAGGGUUUGUGCCAGGAAAAGACAGAGCAGAGAGACCAAUGUGUCUCGGACCGUGAUGACAGCUGCAACAUUAACCAAUAAUCUUGGCUGAGUGUGCUUUUGUUUCCGAUAACCUGUCAAUGUCCUUGCUACACAUGCAAUCACAACACAGAGCAGCUUUCGUCUGGCAGAUGAACCACUGCGAUCCUGGACCAUUUGAGGCUUGAUCCUUUUAGAUUUAGUGAGUGGACAGACUAAUUAUGGUGUUGAUGUUUUUAGGUCGGAGCAUGAACUACAUGUACAGAGAGCCACUCUUCAAACUAUAUGCAACUCAACAAAGACAAGUAGCAUUAGGUCAGGGUUUCCCAAACUCGGUCCUGGGCCCCUCCAGGUGCACAUUUGAGUGUUUUCCCUAGAAUUACACAACUAAAUCAAAUAAUCAAAGCUUGAUGAUGAUUAGUUGGGUAUUUGAGUCAGCUGUGUAGUGCUAGGACAAAAACAAACGUGUACCUAGGGGGCCCAUGACUGAGUUUGAGAAACCCUGCAUUAGGUCAUGAGAAAAGGUGAGUACCUAUAAAAGUAUAUGUAAUGUGUGGUCAUGUCACUACUUCACAUAACUGUUAUCGGUAUGGCAUAUUCGAAUACGUCCAGGGCACAGCCAUUUUUUCACUGUUAUUUGUAACUACAAGUGUCUGUCGUUUUGAUGUUUUUCAGUAAAGAUGCAUUGACCUAUAUAUUUCUCCCGGUGUGCUGUUGAAAGUUAACCCAUUUGCUUAUUUCUGGAUAGUGACAUGUCUAUAUUAUAUAAACUAAAGCCUGCUUCUUAUUUCAGCAAGGUACCAGCCAGGACAUAACUGAUCAUACAUUUACACAUUUUUAAAUGAUGCGUAUACUAAAGAUACUGACCAGGUUUGAGUAUACAAGGGUUUCUCUUCUGUAGUGGUCUGCACCUUGCUUAGCUGAGUGCCUGGUGGUGUAACAUUUAAGACACAGUGGAUUCAGCAUAGAGACAAAAGUCCAUAUUUUUUUAAAUCCUGUAAUCUGGUUCAAAAUGAUAACUCUUUCAAUUAAUUAUUAUUUGAGAGACUUGUCCAAAUCAGGUUGUGCAAGACGAUGCUGGUUGUUUGAGUUCACCUUGAUCACAAUAUGCUGUUAAGGUCCACAACAAACAAUUGCUGCUAUGAGCACUGGUACUGUGCACAAAUGAUUGGCAAUAAUGUCUUGAGCACGAAUGUGCUGGAGUGAUCAAGUGUAUUUAACUCGGCUGACAUACAUGGUAUGUAUAGUAACGCGUCCACUCUGAACUAUGUACAAUUCUCAAGAGUUUUUGUACCCAUUUUCAGCAUUUAAUUUUUUACUGUUAUUAGAUGUGCAUUUGAACAAAGUCUAAACUUGUAUUACUUAGUGACAGGGCUUUCUAAAUGCCUUAUCUCUCACUGUAGCCUGUCACAAUUGCGUGAUGUAUGUUUUUGUUCCAUUUGGAAUCAAGUGUUAUGUUAUUGGGGAAAAUGUAAGGUCUUGGACUUUUAGUCUUUUCAUUAAAAAAAAAUCUAUUGUACUCUCGAAGGGAACCACUUUUUGUUACACUUGUAGGAAAAAGCUAAAGCAUGUUAUUGAAUUUCACAUUUUGGUCUAAUGGUCAGCUGUCAAAUCUGCCACAAUGCAGUACACAACAGAUCCUAUUUCCUCAUGUAUUGUUAGUUUGGUUUAAUGUUCAUGUCAUGGAUUGUCCUAAGACUAACUUGUGCCUGAAUGUACACCUGUAACAAGAGACACUGGACAAAAUCAUUUAAUUUAUGCUGUCUCUUACUGCUUUUUCACACUGUAUACAUGGCUGUAAGACAAAUAAAACAUCUGAUUAAAAUA